AAUAUGAGAAUAAUUUUUAAAACGCUUUUAUAAAUCGCUAUUAGAUUCAAGCAACACAAAAGGUUUACAUGCUACUCAAACCAUUGCGUUUUACCAGACUACAAUUGUUGUUCAUACAUCGUAGUAGACCUUUAUCUACUUUGUAUUACAUGCUGCUUCCUGGACACAUUUCAUUUCUAACAUGGCAUUACGAAUCAAUGACAACAUGCCAUCUUUAUAGGAUACUAUUAAUACCUCUGCACGUUGUGCUCUUCUAACAGUCAUUUUCAAUCCCAUCCUUCAGCUCAGUCCCAUGUGUUCGAUUCUCCUGAUAGUUACAUUUGCCGUCGCCCUAUUCCUGGCUGCUCCGGGCGAUGGUCUAAUGCGCGUAGUUCUAGACUUUGAUCGCUAUGAAAUGUUCAAUGGGACGGACUUCUUCAACAUGGAAAAGUUUCGCGUGCGAAAGUUUAACCGAACGCUAUCCGUGAUGAACGGUACCGGUGUGCUGCUGGUCGAUCUGGAUAAUCGCUAUACGUUUGGAGUAGAUUUCGCACGCAGUGCACAGGGCAACAACCAGUUCCAGGCGUACCCGAUGAAGCUGGCAGCGAAACCGUUCUGUCAGUUUGUCAACCUAUACUAUCGCGAGUAUCAGCACCUGUUUCUGAAGUACACCAACCUACCGUUCGUACCACCGGAAGGGUUGUGUCCAUUUCCGAAUGGUUCAUACUGGGCGAAGGAUGCACACAUCGACUCGUCCGUUAUUCCGCUGGUAGUGCCGGAGGGGCUAUGGCGAUGUACGAUCGAUUUGGUCGAUACAGAGAACGGUGUGUUGGUUUCUCGUGCCUUCAUGUUCGUUCGACUCACCAAGGAGCUGACUUAGAGCACUACAAAUUUUCCAAAUUGAAAUUUCCUAAAUUAAUUUAUCAAAAUGAGUUUUAUUAUGUAUAUCAAUGUUGCCAGUCUAAUUUUUGCAAAGCAUAUUUUGAUUACAAUUCAAAGCACAAACUGCAAAAAGAAAAUCUAGAUCACAUUAGUGCAAAAGGGUAUGAAAAAUAAAAUUAUGAAUUUUCUAUGCAUUUAUUGUGUAAAUCUAAGAUAACUCAAGCUUUGCGAAAAGCUGUUUUUGAAAAACCAUAAAAAAAUCGAUUUUGCGUUAAAUUAUGUCUUAAUAUUAUUUUGUGGAAUUUUUUUUCGCAGAUAUAAUUGUUAGUUAAUUUUGUCCGAGGUUUAUGAUUAUAUCUAGACCGACAUAGUUUAUUGUUUAUCUAUUGAAACACAACAAAAUAUAAGCUACUGUUCAAGUUGCAGUUAUCAACAAUUGGAGUUAUAUACUAAAACAACGAAAUUAGCACAUUAAAACACCACAUUUGGCACUUAGCAUUUGGUAUCAUUCAAACUCAACAACCAAGCUAUGAAUUACUAUAAUUAGCUCAGCACAUGCGUGAUAUGAUUGUACCAACUUCAGAUAUACUCACACAUUUUGACAAAAAAUACAUUAUUUCAAUUUCCCUCUAAAUCGACUGUUCUAUACAAUCAGAAGACAUAAAUCAUGUCAAAUAUCCUGUUUUCAAUCUAUAAAAAACUUAAUAAAAAGUGUGCAAACAGAACAACUUUUCUAAUACAUUUAACACGUGCUUUCCUAACACGCAAAACGCCAUAA